CCGGUCCCUACCGCCUGGCCUGGACGAGACAUAACGCAAUACAUGUUCCUGAUACGUUAGUCAAAAUUACUGUUUAUAAAUGAUAUUAAAUGCAAUGCACCAUUCCAACAACCGAUAGCAGUGACACGAUUGCCAGCAUCCUGCAAAGCAACUCCAUGACACUGAAUCCAGUGUACCUUGAGAAGCAGCAAUCUACUGUCAAGGGUGAGAGAUGCUUACACAGGUGAGCAGCACCCAUGCCCAACGGGUGUUGUCUUUUCUGAAUGAGCAGAGGGGUCUUGGCUGGUUCUGUGAUGCCAAGCUGACUGUAGGAGGAGAUGGGAGGGCAUACAAUGCCCAUCGCAACAUCCUGGCCUGUUUUAGUAAGAUUUUCCAGGAAUCUGAGCCAACCACUACCAUGGUUAAGAAGGUCUCCCUCCCAAAUGAGUGCCCCACUGAUGGCCUGGAACUACUUCUAGACUUUUUCUACACAGGGAAUUUGAAGCUUGACUCUCUGAAUCUGGACAAUGUGCAACAGGCUGCAGACAGCCUAUGUGUACCAGAUGCGCUCGCCCUCUGUCAGCAGUUCACCACAGAAGGGACCAUCUCUCCAGAAGAACCUCCGUCUGCAGAUCUUCUGGGUGAAGAUGAUGGCCUAAUCCCACAUGUAACGUCUACGGAAACCAAGGUCCCCCUAAAAAGGGGGAGGCCCCCCCAAAAAAGAGGGAGGCCCAAAAAAUCCCAAACCCCUAGUAGCGGCUCAAGUAAGAAGGAUCCUCCAGAAGCAACCGCCACCACAACUCGCUCUGGGCGUAAGGUGAAGAUCUCCAGAAGGCUGCUUGGAGAGGGCUCCAGGCCACAGCUCCUGCCCCAGGGAACCACCAGCAGGGGAACACCACAACUAGUUAUCAGACUAAUGGAUAGAAGUGAUGGGGCUGAGGACGAGGGACAAAGCCUCCCUCAGCCGACAGAUACAACAGAGGUAACAGACAUGGUCACUGGCAUUGUACCAGAUGUUAGCUAUAAAGCUAAUUCUCAUUUGCAGCCUCAUGAUGAUGAUGACGAUGAUGAUGGUUUGAUGGAGGGGGUGGAUGAGGACACUGAUGAAGAGUAUGUGCCCCAUGCCCUACCGACUACCACCUCCAGCCCCAAAGGCAGACGUAAAGGACCAGGCAAAGCUGUCAAUAAAGAGAACAGUGAGGAGGCGGCCAAGGGCUCCAAAAAGGGCUCUGUUCAGUGCCCCACCUGCAAUAAGACCUUCCUCAGCAAAUACUAUCUCAAAGUACACAACAGGCGUCAUACGGGGGAGAAGCCCUUUGCAUGCUCUAAGUGUGGGAAGAGGUACUACAGAAAGGAGAAUCUGAUGGACCACCAGGCCCGGAACUGCAAAUGUGGUGAAAAAGUAAAAGCGGUGCACAACUGUCUUCAAUGCCCCAUGUCAUUUGACAGAGUGGUGGAUCUACGUCUGCACACUGUCUCCCAUACAGGGGAAAUGCCCAAUAAGUGUACGUCAUGCUCGGAACAGUUUAUGCGUAAAAAAGAUUUGAGAAACCACGAAAUCAAAAUCCACGGCGCACCCAAACCACAUGCAUGCUCUCUGUGCAGCAAAGCCUACCUGUCUAAAACGGAGGUGCGUCUGCAUGAGGCGUCCAAGCAUCGAGGCGAGAAGCUCUUUGUGUGUGAAGAGUGUGGCCAUCGAGCCUCCAGCCGAAACGGCCUGCAGAUGCACAUCAAAGCCAUUCACAGAAACGAGCGUCCAUUUGUCUGUGAGUACUGCAACCAUGCGUUUACCCAGAAGGCCAACCUCAACAUGCACCUGCGCGUUCACACUGGAGAGAAGCCCUAUCAGUGCCACCUCUGUGGGAAGACCUUCCGGACACAGGCCAGUCUUGACAAGCACCAUCGCACCCACACGGGAGAGCGGCCUUACAGCUGUGAGUUCUGUAACCAGCGCUUCACAGAGAAGGGCCCGAUGCUCCGCCAUGUCGCCAGCAAGCACCAGGACGACCGCCCUCACUGCUGUAAGAUAUGUGGCAAGACCUUCAAGGCCAUCGAGCAGCUCCGCGUCCAUGUGCGUCGCCAUCAGGGCAUGAGGAAGUUUGAGUGCGAAAAGUGUGGCUACAAGUUCACCAGACAGGCCCACUUACGACGUCAUAUUCAGGUCCACAACCGCACCGAGAACUACAACCCGCGGGAGAGGAAGCUACGGAACCUGAUAGUAAAGGAUGAGGGGUCGCAGGAGGAGGAUGAGACUAGCCCCUCACCAACACCACCCACUGAGAAGGGGACACCCGAGGGGCUGGCACCUGUCUCUGGACCCAGUGUCCCUCUUCCUGUCUUUGGACCUGGACUCAGUGUGUCUGGACCUGGAACUGUACCAGGAGCCAGUGACAUCCUCAGGGUGGUUAUCCAGCCCCUGGUGGAGGAGGUGGUGUCAAGCCAAGGGCAGGUGGUGGUGGGCUUUAACCAGGCUGUGGUGGGGCAUGGGCCUGGCCAGUUGGAGGUAGGCUUAACCCAGAGCCUAGGUGUGAUCGGCCAAGGCCAGGUAGAGGUGGGCCUUACUCAUGGCCAGGUCGGCUUUCCCCAGGUUGGGGUGGGACAGGGACAUGGCCAGGUGGAGGUGCUCUCCUCCCAGGGUUUGGGUGUGGUGGGGCAUGGUUUCAUCGUGACAGAUGUGAUGGACCAGACUCUCCUGGUGGCAGGAGACUACCCCAUCCCUGAAACCACGGUGGAUCUGAAGGACAUACGGGAGGAUCCUCCUGCUAAGAGCAAGGCCUGAGGACGGGACAGGCAACGUAUUGUGACGUGGAAUCUACUUGGGAAAAUACAUGGGAUUUGAAAAAAAGUAAUUAACUGUUGUUUGAGGGUGACAUUUCAACCACGGGAUUAUGUCAUCAUAAUAACCCAAUUUCAACAUAGACAAACCCUUGUAUAAAAUAUGUUGAAUUUCUACCUUUAAAACAACGUCAGAUCUUCAACGUUCUGUUCACUAUCAGGAAAAAGAACACAACAGGCUGGGGCAGCACCUAGUGGAGAAUCUAUCUACAGCAGAGCUGACUGGGGCUUGUUUUUUUUGUUGUGUGGAAUUUAUUUAUUUAUUUUUUACGAAGUCAGUCGUGGUCUCAACCUGCUGUUUAGAGAUAGCAUAGUAGAAUACAAAAUGUGCAAUUUCAAUAGUUUUCCUCUUGUUAUGUCAGUCACUGACAGUCAAUAAAUUAGCCCAUGUCAGCUAACAUUUUAUAGAUUGCUAGGUAAGUUAGUCUAGCCAGCUAUCUAAAUCUUAUUUUAAUCAUGGCCGAGUUACUGACCGGACACCCAAGGCACGUGCCCUGACCUCCAAGGGGCCCCCCAUUGAUUUUGUUAGUCAUUCUCACACAGAUAUCAUAAGAACAUGCAGGGAAUUCACAUAAAAAUGGCUACAUUUUCUCUCCUUCCCAUGGCAAAAUGAGUAGAAUUCCAUUCAAUUAGUUUUGCAUUCAAUUCCUUUUAAAACGGCAAACUGUUCUUUCUGCCCCAUGGAAAAAUGUGUAGAAUUGCAGAAAGUCUGAUUUAAAACUGCAACAUUUUCUCUACGCCCCAAGGAAAAUGUGUCGAAUUGCAGGACAUUAACUUUAAAGUAGCACAUUUUUCUCUCUGCCCACCAAGAGGGGGGCCACUAAAAUGUUUUGCCUUUGAGAUGGGUAAAAAUAUUUCUUGGGGCCCCUAAAAUGCUAGGGCCCUGCACAUUUGCAAGUUAUUAGCAUUAUGAACAUAGAAAGUAAUACAUCUUUAAUGCUGGCAAUCAGAAUGUGUUGUUUGGUGUCAAGUUAUAUGGCUACAAUUUGGUUAAUGUUUGAAAUGUAUUUAUAUGAUUACAAAAAAACAAUUGUUUAAAUUGUUAUAUUUUUAAAUAAAUGCCUAUUUGUUCAGCCCACAGCCCACCAUUCACAGCCCAGAUUAUACUUUGGCACACCAAGCCCAAAAGUUUGAGGACCCCUGAACUACAGCUACCCUUUAGUCUCCCAUCCAGGGUUUUAACCAAGCCUAGUGCUGCUUAGCUAUGAUAUUUGUCACUGUCUAUUACCAAUGCGCUAUCUAGAGAAUGAUUGUUGAGAGAUCUAAAUAGAUUCACUGUUGCUAUCGAAGUCAUUCAUUCAUUUGUAGACAAACUGGAAUUAAAGCCAGACGAAGUCAGCACAGAUGGAACUAUCCAAGCAGAAGACACGUCUCCUUCAAAUGUUGACAUUUUGUUGCGUUUUCAACCAAACACAAUUCAAUAUUACUUUUCUAAUACAGUAAAUAGCCUAAAGUUAAGGCCAUUUUACAAACUAAUGUAACAUUCAAAUUAGUAACACAUCCAUGGUCACAUUUUGAGAUUACUGUAACUUUACAUUACUUCUUAUGUAAUCAUAUAAAGCAUGCAUUUUCAAGAUACAGAUAACUGCCAAACUAAUGGAAACACUUGAGUAAAUGAAGGUAUGUGUGCUUCCUGAGUUAGUUAAGCACUUAACAUGCCAUCAUGCUUAGAGUCAUGUAUCAAAAUGCUGGGCAGGUUAUUAUUUUGGCUCCCAUGGCUACGCCCCCACAGCAUGACAAGGGCACCAUCCACAGGGCACGAGUGGUCACUGAACGGUUUGAUGUAACCAUGUACCAUGAGGUGUCUCAGUCACCAGAUCUCAACCCAAUUGAACAAUUUUGGGAGAUUCUGAAUUGGCGCCUGAGAAAGUGUUUUCCACCACCAUGAACAAAACACCAAAUUACGGAAUUUUCAUGGAAGAAUGGUGUCGCUUCCCUCCAAUAGAGUUCCAGACACUUGACGAAUCUCUGCCAAGGUGCAUUGAAGCUGUUCUGGCUCGUGUAGGCCCAACGCCCCAUUAAGACACUUUAUGUUGGUGUUUAUUUUGGCAGUUACCUGUAGCAUGCAUAGGCCAGUCACAGGUCUGUGGGGAUCACUUGCGCCAUGUACUUUUAAUGUAAUCUCAACCACAAUCUAGGUCAUUUGGUUCUGCUAUUCGAUGAUAACCCAAUCUGUUGUAUAAAUAAACAGAACAUCUGACAUGUGCUUUUAAAUGGUCGAAAGCGUAGUGAUGGACAUUUGGGUGACAACUAAACCAAAAAUAAGACAUUGUUUUUCCAUUGGAAUUUGGUGGUGCUUGUAGAUGGUUGAAAGCAUAGUGAUAACACGUUGGAAAUUCCAACUAAAACUUUUCCACCAGUCUUUUAGACUGGGUGAAUAUAGGUUGUAAUGUCAUUGAUCAACGUUAUCAACCAAUUAUACAAUUAUCUGCGUUGAAAUGACGUGGUGUGCCCGGCCCGGUGGGUAUUGCAGUAGCCACGUUUGUCUAAAUGAAUGGCACACUUGGAGAAUUGCGCUGUGCAGAAGAACCUCACCCAGUGGAAGCCCCUACUCAGCCCAGUAGACUAUGAAACCCCUCAAGACAUUUCCCUACUCUGUGGACUUCAUAUUCAUUUUACCUGUGCAUUGGGGUCUGACAAUGAGCUUCAACUCGUCUUAAGCUGCUUCCAGUCGUCACUGGCCAGGACAUCAUUGUAAAUUAGAAUUUGUUCUGGUCCUCACCUUGAUAAAUGAAAGGUUACAUGUAAUACUUAAAAUACAUAACCUUAAAUUACUUAAGGUUAUUAAGUUUGCGUU